AUGGCCAAGCUUGAGACGGAAAAAGAAACCGAUAAAGCCCUGCUUGGCGAUAAACCGAGAGAAUCGGAGAAAGAUGUGGAGCAAUUUGAGGAGGAAAAAGGCUUGGCCAAAUCCCUGACCCUCAUGAAUGGAGUCUCAAUGAUUGUGGGAUGUAUCAUCGGCUCCGGGAUCUUCGUCUCACCAGUAGGCGUUCAGAAAGGUGAGAGAAAAAUAUUGUAAAAUACGUUACCACCUCUUCUUCAAAUCCCAAAAAAUGAUGACUUACGAAUUCUCGCUUACCGUAAUCCUCUUUGGCUUCUGAUCUCCCACUUUCCGCCUCCAAUAAACAUUCGAAAUGACAUUCUGCCACGGAAAGUUCAAUUUGCCCGCCAAGAAUAGGGAAAUUAGCAAAAAAGUUGGUGUCUCGGCACAUUACCCUUGACUCAUUAUCCCCGCACACCCGUUAGAACGACCUCCUCGAACGCAAUUCCAACGCAAUUCUAAUUUAGAGGCCGGAAGUGUGGGCAUCUCAUUACUCAUUUGGCUGGCGUCCGGCCUGUUCGCCACGAUGGGCGCGUGGAGCUACGCCGAGUUGGGGACGUUGAUCCGCAAGUCCGGCGGCGAUUAUGCCUACAUCAAGGAGGCGUUCGGCCCAUUCUUGGCGUUCAUUCGGCUCUGGAUUGAAGCCAUGGUAGUGAGGUAAGAGAGUCGAGAGAAUUGUGAGAGUUUAGAAGGUCAGAAAAAGACAAAAAGUUGAGGCAUUAACAAGCAAUGUUGAGCAAUAAAGAAAACUGAAUUAAUUAAAUGCCAACAGGCUACCGUCUGAAUCUUGCUAAUGGACAUUUCAUAUCAGAAACAGACAAAAGGAAAAGCGGAUUAAAGGGCGGAUUGACAGUAUGACAAAUUUAUAGCUGAUAGUUGAUCUUUUUCUGCUGAGAAGUCAAAAAAAAACUUGGCGAAAAUAACGAUGGGAAUUGAUUAAAGAACCUCUGUAUAACAAGUUGAUAAAAAAAUUAUCGGUGUACUGAGGUUCAUUUUUGGCUAAACUUAGCUAUCGUAAGGUAGUAAAAUUUGACCAUGAUGACGGAGAACAUGAGGUAUUUUUCUCAGCUUCUUCAACAUCAAAAAAAUGAUUUUUCGAGUUUUUAAAUCAAUAUAAAACAAAUUCAAAAAUAAAACAAACCCCUCACUGUUUGAUCAGACAUUGCUGUUCUCUGAUCAUUUGAGCAACGAAGAGCCCAAAAAAAUGUAUCAGAACAACUGCCAAACGUUCCCUAUCAGUAAACAAAACUGAAGAGAAAAAAUGUCAAUGGCAUCUUUUUUGCGGAAAUUUUUUAAUUUAGAAAAAAUUCAAACAUCACUCAAAUUACCCCAAAAACUCAAAGGCCACUAAUUCCUCACUAUUUUUUGUUGCAAAGUCAAAAAAAGGGUUACUGCAAAACUCGUUAAAAGUACAAAGAAAUGGGGAAAGUUGGCGGAUUAAAGGACGGAAAUUGGAUGUUUGGAAGCAUAAACACUGUUGCUCGGCUCUUUGUGAGACGAAUGGACUUAAUCCGGCAAACAAUUCCAUCGUCUUCUGUGAAUUCGUACAGUAAAAGGAAGAAACAAAGCAUUAGUUAAUUCUAGAUUAAAAUUUGGGGGUUGGAAAAGAAGAUUUGAAGUAAAAGUUAGACAAAUACGGCGAGCGCUGGGAACUUUGGGUUAAAACCUACGUACAGAAACGGGUCUUUUUGGAAAGUCACUGAUUUUUGGGGCACUUGAGGAAAAAGUUUUGCACUGUGCAUUCCGCUUCGCGAGACACGAUCAUUUUCAAAACAUGUUUGCCCCGUGCAAUUGUCAGAGAUUUUGCGGCGACGCGGUGGAAAAAAGCUUUCGUCGCAGCAAUUUUGCUUGUAAACUCGAAUUCACUGUGCUCGAAUGCACUGUGUUUGAAAAGAGUAAGGAGUGACAUGUUAUAUUUGAAAAAAAUUUUCAUCGUAUAAAAUGUCACACCUAAUUUUUCUCAAUUUGAAAAAAUUUUUCAUCGUAUAAGAUGUCACACCUAAUUUGCGUUCAAAAUGGGGAAGGGUUCAUUCAAGGGGGAGAGUUCUGGAGGGGAGUGUUCAAAAAGGGGGAGAGUUCAGAUUGAGGGAAAGUACAGAAAAGGGGGAGAGUUCUGCCGCAACGGCAGAAAGUGGAGUCGCAGCGCACGGCAACCCAAAAUAGAACAAAAAUGUCUCCCGCCCACUUUUGAGCUUCGUCCAAACGAAGUGUCAAAAUUGGCAAAAGAAAUAAAAUAAUUCCGAGAAAAAUGUUUUUUGGUCGGAAACCCGCACGAAAAAUUCAUUUUUGACAUUUCGUUUGAAUUCAACCGAUACUAGGUGGGCGAAGUGCCGAAACGAGGCGGGAGACUCCCUGGGUUGCCGUGCAGCGGCGCAGGCGAAAAAACUCACUGUAAAAAUUCUGACGCGACCUAGUAUGACAAAAGCGGCAAAUGUGAAACUGUAAAUUUUACCAAAGUCAGUGCUCCAAAUGCACGCGGCGCGGCGAAAAAAGUCUGCAAAUUUUAUGGAAAGAUUAAAAUAUUAGACAUAUACGAGUUGUUUUUUUGAAACUUCAAUUCAGAAUUUGCGUCCGUCAAUAUACAGAUUUCCAACGUAUCCGUUCUUUAAGUCAACUUUCAUGUCAGUAAGAAAAAAAAAAUUUCUCGAAAAAACUUGUAAAAAGCUCUCCAAAAAUAAGAAAAAAGCUACUGAAAAGCAAUAAAAAGUGUCUUUAUCCGUUUUUUCCUUUCAUUAUUUAUCCGGCACGUUCGGCUCGACCUUUGCCCGAACAGGACAAAGUGCUGACCAACUCUUGGAAACGCAAAAAGAUACUCUCGGCCAAGAAGGGGGGAAAACUUGGCCAGCUGUUUACCGGAAGAACCCAUGUUUUCCAAAUUAAUUAAAAAUAUUUUUUGUUUUCCAUGUUAGUCAGAUUUCUCAAGACGAUACAUGCCUAAGGGGAUUAACGUCGCUGACUGACGUCAUUUGCCCUUUUAUUGCAGUAAAUAUUUAGUGUAUGGGAAGUGAAAGGCUGUGGGGGAAAACUAAAUUGUGAAAGGAUAAACGGCUAGUAUUUACAUAGUUUAUCCUGAAGUAUGUAGAUAAAUUGAAAAUCGCAAAAAAAUUCAAUUUUUUCAACUGUUGAAGAAAAAAAUUAACUUCUUUAGUGGGCACGGCCAGCUAAGACACCUGCACAUGGCCUCGAAAAUGAGGCUCUAAACUUUAUUAACAUAGAAAGUCCUUUUUUGGUACAGUACCUUAAGAUAUUCCGCAAUUUUCCGCCUCCAAACCGGCUAAAAAUCUGUGUAUUCUCAGCAUUCUUCAAGCUAUGUACGCAUUUGUCAAUUUGCAGAAAAAAUUGUUUAUAAAUUCCUCAAGGAUACUUCUUGUUUUCAGGCCCUGCACUUGCACUAUUGUUGCACUGACUUUCUCAACCUACGUUCUUGGUCCAUUCUUCCCGGAUUGUGAGAUUCCUUUGUUUCCAAAGAUUUUAUUGUCCAUUUUGUUGCUGGGUAAGUUGUGUGUGUUCGAUGUUAUUGUAAAAUACGCUCUGGAAGCCUUUACUUUCAUAGAACACUGUCAUUCAAUUUUUUAUCUAAAAUUUAGUUUCCCUAGCAUAAUGUGCAUUUUCAUAGUAGAUAAAUAAUUUUUUUCACAACAGCAGUUUUAAAAAUGUAAAUUUUUCUUAAAUUUCGGAAAAAGCAAUGUAUUUUUAUGCAGUCUUUUAUACACACGUACUCUAUAUUUUUUUGAUUCAAAAAGAUCGAAUUUUUUCCAUGUUUCAUAUCUUUUCUCUUGCACGUCUAUUGUCAGCAUAUUUUGCAAUUUCAGUCCUUCUCACCUUCAUCAACUGCAUUUCCAUCCGGCUUGCUACUCUCGUCCAAGACACCUUUACAAUUGCCAAGGUCUUUGCGUUGAUCUUGAUCAUCUUUACUGGCCUUUAUUUCCUCGUAUUUGGAGGUGCUGAAUACCACGAGUCUUUCGAAAAUAUUUGGGCGAAUUCUUCGGCAGAUCCAGGAAAAAUCGCAUUGGCUUUCUACUCCGGUCUCUUUGCUUUUCAAGGAUGGAAUUAUUUGAAUUUUAUCGUGGAAGAACUCCAGAAUCCCAAACGGUAAGUUUUUUGUGUGAAAAAGCAAUUAAAAAACCUGGCUACAGCGUACAGAUGGAAUUUGCUUUCUUACCAUGGGCGUAUUUUAAAAUAUGAUUUAAAAUUUCAUGAGCUUUUAAUUUUAGAAACCUCCCCCUAGCCAUUAUCAUCUCCUGUGUCAGCGUAACGGUCAUCUACUUCCUUGUAAAUGUCUCAUUUUACACUCUGAUCAGCCCUGAAGACAUGUUGACAUCUCCGGCCAUUGCAGUCGAUUUUGCCAAGAAGGCAUACAAAUCGUUUUAUGUCAUCAUGCCCAUCUUUGUGGCCUGCUCAACUUUGGGAUCAGCAAAUGGAGUCAUCUUCACUUCUUCGAGAUUGUUUUAUGUCGGCGGAAGGGAAGGGCAGAUGCCGAGGUUGUUGAUGAUGAUCAACCCAAAAACAAGGACUCCGAUUCCGGCGGUUACUUUGACUGUAAGUUAUUUUUUAUUUUGAUAUGAUAGAAGGUACAUAGUCAGAGAAUUUAAACAAAGGGCUUGUAGGUGUACAAUACUGAAAUUGAGGAAAAGCCGUAUUUUACAAUUACAAUUAAAAAAUUUCAAUUCGAUGUUCGCUUUUUGAUAAAGUUUGUCUAAAUUUUGUGGGACAUAGGAUAUAAAGGUGGUCACCGCAGUUCUAGACUUUUAUUUUUUCUGUGCACACUUUAAAACGCACUUCGCGAGCUGUGGAAGGGGGGUCUGGCCUAGAAAUUGACCCCCACUUUUUUUUGUCUUACCUGAUGACAUAUAGGAUUCUAAAAAACUUGGUGAAUUUUUUUCGAAAAAUUCGUCAUCAUGACCGAGAUAUGACGUAUUUAUUGAAUUUCGCAUAAUGUGUUAUAUUGUACUGAUUUAUUGUCUAAACAUCUCACAACUGGGUAUAUAUACGUUAUUGGCCAUGCUGAACAACUUUGUAAUUGGCCCAAAGUUUGUCAGGUUACUGUAACAUACCGUAACGGCCAUGCUCAAUCAAAGAAUCCCGAUUUUCUCGAUUUUUUUCAAUAAUUUUCUCGGAAUUUUUUUCCAUUUAUGGAAUCAGCAUCAAAUUCUGCAUCGGAUAGGCUAUAUGCGCAUCUCCAGAUAGGUGUACAAAAAUGUCGUGGCGCAACCGGUAGUGGGUCGGACUACCAUUCAAAAGGUCCCGGGUUCGAGUCCGGGUGGAAGCAAAAAUGCUCAAACGCGCUGGAAAUUGUCCCGAAACAGUUGUAAUCUAUUGGAACUGUGGUAAAAAUAAAUAAUAAUUAACAUUUUUCCCUAAAAAGGCAAAAUUUUGGAUUUUACAAAAUUUUUGAAAAUCGUGAUUUUUGUGGGCCCAAAUCUGUCGAAGAAAUGAAAAUUUUUUGUUACCGCCUUUUUUGUUUAGAAACAACGCAGGGCACAUAUAAAGACUAUUCCUCAGAGGAUUUCGUUCAAUUUUGCCCAAAACACCAAAAAAUUUUCGUAUUUUGCCAUUUGACAAAAAAUUGAAAUAAUGAUUUUCAGGCGUUCUUACGCGGAAACGUGUCCAAUUUUUCUAGAGCAGUUUUUUUCGCUGCCUUUAAAUAGCUUUCUAAUAGCCGCGAAAAUCUUCCACAAAAAAUUUUACACUAAAAAAUUUGUAGAUAUUCACAUAUUUCAUGAUGUUACAGUAUUCAAUCUUGUAAAAUUUGCUAAAAAUUCGACUCCCCAUAGUGCAAAACAUGUGUAUCCACGUUUGAAUGACGUUACUUCGGUUUACUGGGUUCUGGCGGGGCUCUCCGAUUAAAACAAAAAAGAGCAACUUUUUGGUGUUUUGGGCAAAAUUGAACGAAAUCCUCUGAGGAAUAGUCUUUAUAUGUGCCCUGCGUUGUUUCUAAACAAAAAAGGCGGUAACAAAAAAUUUUCAUUUCUUCGGCAGAUUUGGGCCCACAAAAAUCACGAUUUUCAAAAAUUUUGUAAAAUCCAAAAUUUUGCCUUUUUAGGGAAAAAUGUUAAUUAUUAUUUAUUUUUACCACAGUUCCAAUAGAUUGCAACUGUUUCGGGACAAUUUCCAGCGCGUUUGAGCAUUUUUGCUUCCACCCGGACUCGAACCCGGGACCUUUUGAAUGGUAGUCCGACCCACUACCGGUUGCGCCACGACAUUUUUGUACACCUAUCUGGAGAUGCGCAUAUAGCCUAUCCGAUGCAGAAUUUGAUGCUGAUUCCAAAAAUGGAAAAAAAUUCCGAGAAAAUUAUUGAAAAAAAUCGAGAAAAUCGAGAUUCUUUGAUUGAGCAUGGCCGUUACGGUAUGUUACAGUAACCUGACAAACUUCGGGCCAAUUACAAAGUUGUUCAGCGUGGCCAAUAACGUAUAUAUACCCAGUUGUGAGAUGUUUAGACAAUAAAUCAGUACAAUAUAACACAUUAUGCGAAAUUCAAUAAAUACGUCAUAUCUCGGUCAUGAUGACGAAUUUUUGGAAAAAAUUUCACCAAGUUUUUUAGAAUCCUAUAUGUCAUCAGGUAAGACAAAAAAAAGUGGGGGUCUAUUUCUAGGGCAGACCCCCAUUUGAGCCUGCUUCAGCAACUCGCGAAGUGCGUUUUAAUUUUCGUCCUGCAGCGAUUUCCCAAAAUCCGCACUGGUUAUUUCCAAAUUUCCGGGCUUUUUUGGCACUGUUUUUUCAAAAUCAAUGUCAACCCAUUUUUGCACUGAAAUUUGACGCAACAGAAAAAAUAAAAGCAUAGAAAUUCGGUGACCACCUUUAUAUCCUUACAUCAGAAAUUUUAUAGCGAAACAAAAACAAGUAUGGAUCAUUCUUUGGCUAUGAAAGCUAUAAGUCUAAAUUGUAGCAAAAAAUUUCCUUGCAAAGAACAUAUAGAAAGACAUUGUCAAAAAUCGGAUUGCAGAUCUCCGACAUUGCAAAUUUUACUUUCCAUUUCGCCUGCUACCCACGAUAGAGGUUUCGGCUGACACUGCAAGAUGCAAAGUUUUUAGUAAUCGACUUCUCGAAGUAGAUUAUUUUUUACCAGACAUUAAUCACGUGUUUUACCAUGUGGAAGCUAUGCUCCAAAUUUGUGAACUCGCCGAUCCUAUCAAUUUCCCAAAUCUUACAGGGUCUUCUAUCCAUUGCCUAUCUCGCCCUCAGCAAUGACGUCAUCCAACUGAUCAACUACAUUCAAAUUAGCUAUUGGCUAGCUAUUGCAGGAGCCAUUGCAUCGUUAUUUUACUUCCGAGUUACAAUGCCGGACGCACCAAGACCCAUAAAAGUCUGGAUUAUUGUCCCAAUCCUAUUCUUUAUCGGCUGUAUUGGCCUCGUUUUGAUUCCGAUUCUCUCAAAACCGUUGGACACCUUGAUUGGCCUCGGAAUUAUGCUCACGGCGGUUCCAAUUUAUGUGAUUUUUAUUGUUUGGCAACCAAAAACUUUCAAGGAUAUUGUGAAUGGAUUUACGGGAGUCUUCCAAAAGUGCCUUGGACUGGUCGAAGCGGAGUAG